UUCUCUGAGCUUUAUGAAUAUAAGACUUUCACUACUUUAUGAAAUGCGGUCAUGGCAGAGCUGGGCGUCAUCGGAGGAGGGGAGGGUCUCCGGUCUCGGCGAAGCAGAAUGGUCCGAUUGGCUACGCGCUGGAAGAACACCGACUAACACUAGCAACGACAUUCAACAGCUAACGCGUCUAUCACCUACCUCGCUGCAACGGGCACCCCCGACAUCCCCGCAAACUCCCGCCUACAAUCACACCCGCAACACCCUCAAUGACGCCGCAAACGAGCUUCUGCACCUACUUCAUCAACGGCCCCGAAAUCCCAUCUCCAGCCCUUCAUCUACGCCUACAGCGACCUCGUUGAGUCCGACUUCUUCGCCGCCAUUUUGGAACAUGAUGGGCUUCCCCGCUUGACGAGGAUUUUGCAGGCUGCGUUAUGCGCCUGCUGUGCACGCUACGCGUGUUUAAAGAGGCAGACGACGGCGUGUUUGCUUACUCCCGCGUGAGCGCCACGUUUGCACGCGUUUGAGGAGAGGCUUGGGCUUCCGGUGUUCGAGUGGUACAAGGGGAAUUCACCGGCGGCGAUAGGAUUUGCUGCGGGCAUAGGCGCCGUCACGAAACGUGCGGACUAUGGCUGACAGGCGCGGUGGACCAUGUCGUGGAUGAGUUUAUAAAGGCAUGUCCAUGGGAACACCCCACCCGCAGCGUCGUCGACGUCAGCAGCAAAGGUAGACACGCCACUAUCGCCCUUGCACGCGCCGUCUCGACGCUGAAAGUCGCCAUCGAAGACGUCUUCCCCUUCCGUGCUCGAAAACGUAUCAAAGCAUUCGUCACAAUGCCCCUCACUCGCUUCCCGUAUCCACGCCUGCAGUACGACUUCUUCGACCCGCAGCCUGUCUACUACGAAGGUGUAGGAGCAUUCUUUCUGCGACAUAUGCUGCAUAACUGGGACGACGCUGAUUGCGUGCGUAUACUGCGGAACUUGCGGAGUAAGGGAGUGGCGUGUCGAGGUUCGAGGAGCAUGGCCUGA